UAGGCCUACAAAUGUUCUAUUCGCCCACAACCAGUUGUUUCGGAAAGAGAAAUUGCUGAGGUCAAAGAAUGUGAAAAUGCCGAAGUCUAAACUACGAGAAGCAGAUUCGCGCGUGCCUCUGUCAGAGCCAAUUCCCAAGAAAUGGAAAUUAUCUGCAGAUAUAUCCAGUGGUGCACAGAAUGGGUUGAGAAAUCAAGGAGCAACUUGUUACUUAAACUCGGGUUUGCAAAUUCUCUUCAUGACCAAAGAAUUCAGAGAGGGAGUACUGAAUUCAAAAAGGUUGAAGGACUCCUCAAAUGACAACAAUUUACUUAACCGCCUGUGCCAACUGUUCGAAAAUCUAUAUGAUGGUCACAAACCCUCUGGCGUAUCCACUGUCAACAUAACAAAAGCUCUGUCAAUAGCAAAUGUGUAUGAACAGCAAGAUGCAGUCGAGUGGUUUGAGAAAAUCCUGAAUGAAGUCCCUGAGGAAACGUCACAGGUGUAUAAAGGAAUCUUGCGAAAAACAUUGAAGUGCCUGACGAAACUUGUUGAACAUGCUGACUGUGAGGAAGACAGCACUUUUUUUUCAAUUCCACUUUCCAUCGAUGCGGACACCUGCGAUGUAUAUAAUGUGGAUGAUGGGCUCAAGGACUUUUUUCAAACCACAAGGUCUGAUGAGGACGACAGGAUGUAUUGUGAUGACUGCGAUGAGAAAACGGAUACUGAAAUCCGUUUUAACAUCCAGAAGUACCCCACCGUACUGAUUCUUCACCUCAAGCGCUUUUAUUUUGACUAUUUCCAAAUGGGAUAUCAGAAGAACUCCUGCCCAAUGGAUAUUCCUCUCGAGCUUGACUUUUUUAAGGACUGUCCAUAUGAUCUGUAUGGGAUCAUCAAUCACAGUGGGCAAUACAGAGGUGGUCACUAUGAUGCUUAUAUUAAGCCUCCUGAAAAUAAUCACUGGUACUGCUUUGACGACUCUCGCGUAACAGAGAUCACAGACAACAACUUCUUAAAGGGGUCAAGGACUGCAUACAUGAUUGUGUACAGGAAACGAUCAUCCCAAAUAUAUUUGUACGAGGAGAUAAACUCUCUGGAGAAUACUGCAGAGGAUGCACUUAAGACAAAAGCAGAAGAUGAACUGCAAAGAAGAGAAUCUUUUCCUCCAUCUCAUGAAGAACAUCACACCCCAAAGAACUGCACUGAAUAUACAGACGUGAAUGAGUUUUCCAUUGCCUCGGGUGGGAUCUCAGAACAGAUGUUGAUCCUCGCACAUCAAGAUUCAUCUCAGGCUGUAGCAGAAGAGGAAUUGAAAAUAAGAGAGCCCUUGCCUUCUUCUCAUCAACAGCAAAACAUCAUGAAGACUUGCACUGAAGGCAUCACAGCAACUGUGAAUGAGGUAUGGGAAGGAGAGAGAAGUCUUAACAAGAGUUAA